GAAGAGAAGGCAACUUGCAUAAAAUGUCAGCCUCAUCUUAGGCAUGGAGGAGUUCAUGCAUCAGAUUCUGAAAGUUCUUUGCACGAGCAAAGCUGUGAGUUUUCAACUAAUAUAUACUUCACUUCAAAUACAAAAUUUUCAUUCCUUCUUUGAAUGUUGGUAAUAUACUUUUGCAUGUUUUUCUUGUAAUUACUUGGAGUUUAAAAUUUGUUAUUACCAAUGUCUUUUACAACUGUAUCUAUGACUAUGUUGUCCCUGAGAAAGACUGAUGAAAACAAUGAUUUAAAACCUCAAGAAUUCGAGAAAGUCAUUUUAGUCUUCAAGAUUCAUUCAAAAGUUCAUAAUAUAUGAUGCAAAGAACCUGAAGUUAGACCACUUGGCUGGCUCUGCAAUGUUGGACUCCUGCAGUUUAGUCCCAACUUUAACAUCCAUGGAUGAAUUUUAUGAAAUCUUGGGAUUCGUGUUUUUGGAGAGGAGCAGCAAUACUUGGCAGAGAAGGCUAAAUACCUUGUAAAAUUACAACAGCCAUGAUUUCCUGGGGUGGCAAUUAAAAUGGUGUCAAACUGCAGGACAUCUACAAUAUUAGAUGCAACUUUAGAUUUAGUGUAUUAGGUUUCUUUCUCAGUAUUAGAGCAACUUGAGAUUUGCAGAACUGAGGUUACAGGGCUUUUCUUGGGGACAGAUGUGUGUAUGUGAGCAAAUUACUGUUCAUCAUCAGGAUACUAAGAUCCAAAUUAAGAAAGUACACUGAACAACCAUUAUGAAACAAAGGAUACAGUGCAUUUGUGUGUAUGUGUGUGUAUGUAUGAGAGAGAGAGAGAUUGAACAUUAAGAGGAUACUAAAGUUUAUAUAGCCACUUGAGACCCUUUGAUUCAAACUGUGAUUACGUUAACAUAAAUUUGGAACGAAUAAUUAAAAAUCCUGAAUUAAUUGCUACAUUGAUGGGCAUUCUAGUUGUUUGGUUCAUAUAUGUAAUACAGAUAUAGAAAGAAAACAUAAUGAGAAGACUAAAAUUGUUCCUCAUUGAUAAAUGCAAAGAUUCCUUGAGUUGUGUUUGAAAGAACAAAGCACAUUUAUAUGUCUCAAUGGGGAAUUAUUACAAGCUAGCUGGAGCAUAUAGCAGAACCCUUAGAUUGAUGUAAGUAGAACAGCAAAAACACACAGUUAAUGAUUCUGUUUCUCAGUUGGAUUCAAACCUUUUUAAAGAAGAUUGUACACUGGUUUCUACAGCUUGAAUGAAUGUUUUACUGAACCUUAGUUCUAAAAAUUGACCUAAUGCACACUGAACUUAUUAGUGCUAAAAUAAAGCAUCUGUCAUUAAGCACAAUUGGUCAUUAAUAUCACUGAUAUAUCAAUUAAUCUAUAAACCAAACAUGAAAUUUGAUGAUAUAUUACUGUGAGUAUGAUGGAGCUCCUAGGGAACAAUAGCAAAAUUAUCAUAUAAUGUGAUUAUUAGUUUUGAAAGUUCAAUUCCUGUUUUAAUAUAGCAUUUGUAAAAAGCAAAUGGAGAGGUAUAUUUCAAACCUCUCCAAGGGGGAUAUAAUGAGUCACAUUUUCACUCUUCCCUGCUUUUUUUUCCAUUGCAGAUUACAUUGUUAAUGAACGGAAAUGGAUAAUCAUUCCUCUAUCUCUGAAUUUUUGCUGCUCGAAUUCUCACCAAUCUGGGAAAUAUGGAUUCUACACUUCAUCCUAUUUCUGGUUUUUUACCUUACAACUGUGGCAGGGAAUUUUCUCAUAAUACUUGCAGUAGCUCUAGAUCAUCAUCUCCAUAGCCCUUUGUAUUUCUUUCUGAUGAACUUGGCAAUUCAGGACCUUGGCUCUGUUUCAGUGACUAUCCCCAAAUAUAUCAUCAGUUCCUUCAUAGAUGACAGACACAUUUCUUACUCAGGAUGUGUGGCUCAAGUGUUCUUGUUUGCCUUCUUUGCAGGAUGUGAUGUUGCCCUCCUUAUAGUCAUGGCAUAUGAUCGAUAUGUUGCUAUUUGCAAUCCAUUACAAUAUGAAACACUAAUGAACAGAAAAACCUGUAUGCAGAUGGCGGUUAGUGCAUGGCUUGCUGGUUUUCUCAAUGCUGUAGUACACACUGCUGGAACCUUUGUAACCCCUUUCUGCUCUAAUGUUGUCAAUCAGUUUUUCUGUGAAAUCCCACAGUUACUUAAACUUGCCUGCUCUGACUCAUACCAGAUUGAAAUGGGAGCUGUUUGGUUUGGUUUGAUGCUCUGGUCUGGCUGUUUUAUCUUCAUAAUUGUAACCUAUGUGCAAAUUUUCACUGUUGUUCUAAAAAUUCCUUCUGUUCAGAGGAGGAAAAAGGCCUUUUCUACUUGUAUACCUCAUCUCAUUGUUGUCUCCAUAUUUUCAUUGACUGUAAGCCUUGCUCACCUAAGGCCCACUUCAGGCACAUCUUCCCCUAUGGAACUACUAUUAACUAUAAUGUAUUCUGUUCUCCCGCCCAUGUUGAAUCCUUUGAUCUAUAGCUUGAGAAACCAGGAAAUCAAGCUUGCCCUUUCAAGAAUUUUAACUAUGAGGUCAUUCCAACAAGGCUUUCUCUGUUAUUCUUCCAUAAGUGUAUGUCAUGUAGUUUUCUUGUUCAUUUUGGAAUAAGCAAAGGAGUUGCUUGGGCAUAAACUGUGGU